AUGGCGAACUCAACGAUUGUUUCCAAUGCGGCCAACCUCAAGAAGUACCUCGACCUGCCCCAAAAGGGCGCCGUCAUGGCCGAGUACGUCUGGAUAGAUGGUUCCAACGGAAUCCGCUCCAAGUCAAAGACGCUCAAGUCGAAGGUCGAGAGCCUGAAGGAUCUCCCAGAAUGGAACUUUGACGGUUCGUCGACGGGCCAGGCGCCCGGCGACAACUCGGACGUCUACCUCCGCCCCGUUGCAUACUACCCCGACCCCUUCCGUCUGGGCGACAACGUCCUGGUCAUGUGCGAGACGUACAUGUCGGAUGGCUCGCCCAACGCCUACAACUUCCGCCACGACGCCGCCAUCAUCUUCGAGAAGCACAAGGAGCACGGCUUCUGGUUCGGUCUGGAGCAGGAGUACACCCUUCUCGACGAGUUUGGCUGGCCCUACGGAUGGCCCAAGAACGGCUUCCCCGCCCCUCAAGGCCCCUACUACUGCGGUGUCGGUACCGGCAAGGUCUUCUGCCGUGACAUUGUCGAGGCUCACUACAAGGCCUGCAUGUACGCCGAGAUUGCCAUCUCCGGCACCAACGCCGAGGUCAUGCCCGCCCAGUGGGAGUACCAAGUCGGUCCCUGCCCCGACAUCUCGCUCGGUGAUCAGCUCUGGAUGUCGCGCUUCCUUCUCCACCGCGUCGCUGAGGAGUUCGGUGCCAAGGUUACCUUUGCGCCCAAGCCCAUCCCCGGUGACUGGAACGGUGCCGGUCUGCACACCAACGUCUCCACCAACGAGACUCGUGGCGACAACGGCAUGAAGGCCAUCGAGGCCGCCAUGGAGAAGCUGUCCACCCGCCAAGCCGAGCACAUGGCCGUCUACGGCUCAGACAACCAGCUCCGCAUGACCGGCAAGCACGAGACUGCCUCCUACGACAAGUUCACCUGGGGCGUCGCCAACCGCGGUUCCUCCGUCCGUAUCCCCCGCGCCGUCGCAGCCGAGGGCAAGGGCUACUUUGAGGACCGCCGCCCGGCCUCCAACGGUGACCCAUACCAGAUCACCGGCAUAAUCGCCGAGACCAUGUACGGCAAGGUCGAGGGCGCCGAUGUCGCCAGGUUCGCCAAGAAGGCGGAAACUGUCGAGACCGAGAUGGUCAUUGACAUCCACAAGCCAUAA